CUCGCGCACUAUGUAUCUUCGGGCCGGCUAUAUACAAUCCUGUUUCACUAACGCGCCGGCCGCGCACGACGAUUCACGCGAUCGUCGUUGGAAUCGACGCCGGAUCAUCGAUCGAUCCCUUCCCGGGCCGCCCGUGGAUCCAGCGGCGACUCAAUCGCUUCCAGUCGGCGAUCAUCCUCGGCGCGGUCGCGCCGUCGCGCAACGCUCGACGGAACGUCCGGAUGAUUUUCCAAAUGCAAUCUUAACGAUCGCUCGGAGACGGUAAGAUUUGCGAUCGAUACUAAUUGACGACGGGUGCGUCCUCGAUGGUGAUCGAUCGUCGCAAACUGCAAACGAUCGAGCGAAUGAAGAACGGAUGAGGAUUUUCGCCGAAUAUGAUAAGAUAAGAAGAAUUGUGGAACACAUAAAUGGAUAUUAUGUGAUAGAAACGCAUAUUGGAACAACUUGAGAAUAAAAGGAGAAGAGAAAGACAUGAAGAGAAGAAUCGGAUGGAAAAUCUCGCUGAGCGUCGUCGCACUGUGACUUGUUUACAACUACACGUGAUAAAGAUCGAUAGCAUGAAAAAUGGUGUUCGACGCGAUGUGCGAGGAGCAGAGGAAACAAUUCUUCAGGCAGAGCUAUGGGGCUCAUUUACCCGGAUACACGGGUCACUGUCCCACCCUCAAAUUUCGCGUUGGAAAGAGAUUCGGAGCGAGUACGGCAGAGAUAAUGAAGGAAUUGUUGGAAAAUAAGGUUCUUAAGACUGGACCGUAUAGGCCAAAUUCCGGUAGAGAGGCGGAAUUACCAACUCUUCAGGAUAAAGAGAUAAGAAGAAAUUGGAAUAACGAAGCUACAUCGUACAAAGCACCUCCGUACAUUCUAGGAUAUACCGGAUAUAUUCCUGGCUUCAACGACAGGUAUGGACUGUCUUUCAUGAGAGCCGUGGAAGUCGGUGCUAAAGAGUGGCACAAAACGCAAAUGAAGCUGAGAGCGCAACAGGACGCGAUGAGAGCUCACGCUGAGCGGACAGAUCCGAGAAAUCUUCUAUCUCGAGCGAGGGCAGAUAAUGUGGACAUUGAGAUCGAUCACGGUUAUGGCAAAGACAGAAGGACCUACGAUUAUCAUGUCUCCCCAGAAAGACCGCCGAUCGUCGGUUAUACAGGCCACAUUCCAGGAGCGAGAGUAGAAGUUGAUCAUUCCAAGAGGUACGCUGAAGCCGCCCGGAUAGGAUUUCGAAGUGUCCAAAAGGAACGUGAAGAGAGGCACAGCAAAGAAAUGGGCCCUAUUAAGAGAAUCCUUGACAAUGCGUAUCUCGAUGAAACGGGACACACGCGUGCAUAAGGCGACACAGAAAUACAGUUUCUAACUGUAGCAUACAGAAUGAAAUAAAAAUACAUUCAGAAAGAAGAAAAACUAAAAAAAAGAAACUAGUAAAAAUAACAAAUAUGAAAAAACAAGUAUUAUAAGAAUAAUACAAGAUAUUUCCAAUCAUCGAUAUACAUCGAUAUAAUACAGUUCCAAAAUUUUGCCAGAUUUGUACUUAAAGUUUUAAAUACUCGGGCUUCGUUUAACAAAUAUUUUGUGUGCCUUUUCUUUGGCAGUAUUGAAAGUAGUAAGUAAAUAUGAAAGACUUAUGUUAGAGAAUAAUCUAAUUGUAAAAUUAUUUAUGUCUGAAUCAAGAAAAUUAUAAGCAUUACUUUUUAUACUCCAGUAUCUCGAGCGAUACGAGUAAUAAAGUUUGCUGUAUCUUCUAAAAUUUUCGGACAUAAAUAAUUUUCAAUAAACUAUUCGAGUGUAGCGACAAAUAAUAUAUAAGUGUUAAAGCAUGUAUUCCCCUACAUGAAGUAAUAACUUUACUAAUUUUUGAAGACGUAUGUAUUGAAAUGUGUUGAAUGUGUGACAGAUUUUUAAGUCUUCAAAGAGAAGUAGGACAAUCGAAAAACAAGCUAGAUUGUUAUUUAGAGAACAAUUACAUGAAUCAUUAAACAUAUUUAUCUUAAUAUUUGUCCAUGUAGAAAUAAAUCUACCGCAGAAAUAAAUCUAUAAAUACGUAAAUUACUCCAAAGUUACUUUAAGCUUUGAGCUUCCAAUGUUCAAUAGGUUUCUGCACAUACAUGCACCACGACGUACAUACAUGUACAUGACCGUUUCACACUUAACAC